AGCACUUCCCGGUCUUUUAUCUACCCAUACAAACAUGAGCACCUCUCCAACUGUCGGAUUGCAAUUUCAAUAAGUUACGAGCGUUGAAUUGAAUCAUUGAUGAAUCAACCUAUUUCCAAGACCCAUGUCUGUCUAGCGUGUUUCUUUCUCCCUCUUCUCUCCUCUCUUUCUCCAUUGUUAUCGUCCCCACCCCCCUCCCGGGUUUUCCGAAAUUGGGGAUUUGUUGCAAGUUUUCUGAAUAUAUGAUGACCCCAUGCCUUUUUCAGGAAUUCCAGAAUACAAAUUCAUUGUUAGGCUCCACAAAAUGCAUUUGUUUACUUAUAAAGGAUUGGUUUGAAAAUGCAAUGGAGUUGAGGAGGAUUAACACAAAUAGAUUGCUUCAAUGGAAUCGUAACGAGCUUGAUAGGCAAAUGCCGAGUGCUAAAAAUGUUGGAGACAGUGAUGAUGCUUUCAACACAUCCUUCAGCGAAACCAAGGCAAGAAAACACGUUUAUAAAUUUGGAAUUUCAAUAAGUAGAUUUUGUUGGGAGGAGGGUAAAAUCCACUCAUAUGGAGUGGGAUAUACACAUACACAGAACUCACCUUAGGUGAGUUCGACUUGAAAACAACCGUUGUAUCCAUUUUUUAAUUUAUAAAAGUGGGGUUUGAUACUUUAUUUAGACUACGUUCAGAAUGUGCUGCACCAUGUCUUCAGGCACAGGCAUCCACUAAUAUA